UGUUUGUACAUGUAGUUGGUUUGUUUGAAAUCAAACCGAUUGUUGAGCGUCGCAAGUCUGUUCAUUGCAUCAUUUCACGCACAACUUGAAUUUGGUACGUACAUCAUGUCGAAGCUAUUUUCAUCCGAAAAAAAUAAAUGGGGUCUGAAUAUAUCGGUAAAUAAGAAAUCCAAAUCAUCGAUUGACUCCAAAACAUCGUCAAGACAAGUUGUAAUCCGAAAGCCGAAGAAAUCGAACGACGAUUUACACGAUUUCAUUGUCAAAUCGAAGGCCGAAGUCAAUUCACAAGCAUGUGUUUUGAUUGACUCGAUUGUGAAAUGGCGAGAUGAAACGAGUGAACAGUUUGACAUGAUUAAGCAGUACAUUAUUCGUAAUGAGCAUAACCUUCAAAAAGGAUCGACAUCGAACAAUCUACCAAUAAAACGUCCAACUGAACAACCGAAACCCAUUUGUUUCCCAUCGAUGCCGAUUUUAGUGCUCCCCGGUAGCGAUGCAGAAGAUGAUUUUGGUCAAUUUAUGACAAAGCCACCGGUUGGUCUAUCCAGCAAGGUACAAAAACGACGAAGCACAAUAGAUUUGCCAUCCGAAAUAAGACAAGACUCAAACACAACGUCAGUGUCUCCUCCGGCACGAAAAAUUGCUCGAAGUGUUCACAGUUCGAUAUUGGCUAUGUCAAACAAAUCGUCAAAAUCUGCAGUCAAAGCAAAAGAUCAAGUAUCGCCGAUGACACAAAGUGUGAAAGAUAAGCCGACAUCAUCUACGCCGAAAGAACAAACAUCGUUUAAGAUUCCGAAGCAGCCAGCACCAUCAAUAUCAAAGGAACCAUCGAUAUCGAAGGAAACAAACCAUUGCGAUGUGUCAAAGUCAUCUGAUAAUCAAGAACAAUCAAAGCCGGUCGAUAAUAUAUACAAAAAGUUUGUGGAAGCUCGAAAACUUGUCAUGGCCAAACAGAAGGAAUUAGAAGAAGUGGCUCGGUUGGAACAGCAAAAAAUGGCGGAAUAAGAAUGCCGUAAACUUUAAUUGUAAUUUGCUUGAUUUGAUUGCUAUAUUUAGCCAUAUACUCACCACAAUUGUGUUUAUUUUUGAAUUUUAAUUGCACCAUUCCAUAUUUCAAAUAUCAUUUUUAUAAACAUUUAUUUUACAAAACAAAAAACAUUGUAAUCGAACCAACAAAAUUUGUUGCAUACUGAAUGAAUCUUUAU